AUGGCGCGCGGCGUCGCGCUGUGGCUGCUGCUGCUCGCCGUGGCCGCGCGCGCAGCGGCCACAGCGGUGCGCUUCCACGUGGAGCAGCACGCCAAGUGCGUCGGCCAUGACCUGCGCCGCGACACCCUCGUCGCCGCCUCCUACGCCGCAGUGCCCGCCAGCCACGCGCACCCCUUCUCCCUCGACAUCUCCGUGACCUCCCCGGGCGGCGUGCACGUGUAUCUGAAGGAGGGGGUGGGCGAGGGGCACGUGGGGUUCACAGCGGAGGAGAGCGGCGAGUACCACCUCUGCUUCUGGCUGCACGCCACCCACGUGGGCCGCCCUGACGACGCGCGGCACCAGGUGGAGGUGACGUGGCGCGAGGGGCAGGUGGCGUCGCACAUGCAGCAGGCCGCCACCAAAGAGAGGGUGGAGAGCUUCGAGUGGGAGGUGAAGCGGCUGGAGGGGCUGGUGGAGGCGGCGUCGAAUGAAAUGAUCUUCUUCCAGGAGAGGUGA